GUUUGACACAACGUGAGAAGCAGAAAAAAUUACAUAAAAAUAUAUACGCCGGCAUUUGGCAAGUUUUCAAGCAAACUGUGAUGAAUUAAGAGUUCCGCCCAGCGUAUUUUGGAACAUAAGAGCGUCAACCAUAGAAUGACUGAUUCCCAAUACUUGGAUGUUAAGCUGAAACUUCGUGACACCGAAUCUGUUGUACUGACGCCUGGCUACUUGAGUGGCUGCAUUCUCAACUCCCUGGACAAUUUGUUUGGAGAAAUUGGAGGCAGGACAUCGUUGGAUAUUGUGAAAUUCAGUGCGGCAGAUCGGCGACUUAUCUUGCGAGUGCCCCAAGAGUUCGUUGAGCGGGCUCGUAUCGCUGUAACCUUGAUAGGCCACUACCAGGAGGUGCCGUGUCACUUUCAGGUGCUAAAAACAUCCAAUAAGCAGCUGGACUUUGACGACGUGGGACUUUAGUGCAAAGAGGGAACAUUCGGCU